AUGAGAGUAGAGCCCUUGGCUUUCCAGACCCUGGCCUCAGCGCAAGCUCCAGCGCAGACCCCAGCGCCCGCUCUGCCUGGUCCUGCUCUUCCAGGGCCCUUCCCUGGUGGCCGCGUGGUCAGGCUGCACCCAGUCAUUUUGGCCUCCAUUGUGGACAGCUACGAGAGACGCAACGAGGGUGCUGCCGGAGUUAUCAGGACCCUGUUGGGAACUGUCGACAAAUUCUCAGUGGAGCUCACCAGUUGCUUUUCAGUGCCACACAAUGAGUCAGAAGAUGAAGUGGCUGUUGACAUGGAAUUUGCUAAGAACAUGUAUGAACUGCAUAAAAAAGUUUCUCCAAAUGAGCUCAUCUUGGGCUGGUACGCUACAGGCCAUGACAUCACAGAGCACUCUGUGCUGAUCCGUGAGUACUACAGCCGAAAGGCCCCCAACCCCAUCCACCUCACUGUGGACACAAGUCUCCAGAACGGCCGCAUGAGCAUCAAAGCCUAUGUCAGCACUUUAAUGGGUGUCCCUGGGAGGACUAUGGGAGUGAUGUUCACACCUCUGACAGUGAAAUAUGCAUACUAUGACACUGAACGCAUUGGAGUUGACCUGAUCAUGAAGACCUGCUUUAGCCCCAACAGAGUGAUUGGACUCUCAAGUGACUUGCAGCAAGUAGGAUGGGCAUCAGCUCGCAUCCAGGAUGCCCUGAGAACAGUGUUGCAAUAUGCAGAGGAUGUACUGUCUGGAAAGGUGUCAGCUGACAAUACCAUCAGGAAGGUGGGCCACUUCCUGAUGAGCCUGGUUAACCAAGUACCGAAAAUAGUUCCCGAUGACUUCAAGACCAUGCUCAACAGCAACAUCAAUGACCUGUUGAUGGUGGCAUACCUGGCCAACCUCACACAGUCACAGAUUGCCCUCAAUGAAAAACUUGUAAACCUGUGAA